AUGGACGGUCCAACAUUCCGUAUAAUUCCCCCCAAUAACUGCAAGUACGAAGGCGGUCUCGAUCGACUUCGCCUCUCCACUGUUCUAUCUGGUCUGUUCAGCGAACCAGUCUACAUGGCCGAGGAGAUGCUCCAUCCCAUUGGAGAGGGCAUCAACGCAGAACAUACAACGGCCAUCAGUAUUCUAACGCAUCUGGCCCCGGGGGCUGCGUCCGUCCACUAUACCCAGAGGGGCAUUGUCGUGCUGUUCGUCCCGCAUUUGCUCCGUGACAAGAUGCCGUCAAAAAUGAUUAGUCCUACACUGGAUGGCUCAGCUGCCAUGCUUUUUCUCACAGUUCUGCCGUAUAUUCUGUUCUGUCACCUCGGGUCUCGGGAAUUCGGCUUUUACGAUUACUACCCAAGGGAUUACAUGUUCACGCUCAAAAUCACGGGAGGCUCUUACGUCCUCUCUUCCAACGGGCCAUCGAUUAUCUAUCUACAAAAAGUCUUUCUUCCCAACCUGAGUUUGCUCGGUAUACAUCCGAGGUCCUUUGUCGACUUGUCAAUGACGAAAGUGGAAAACCGAUUUCCUCCAGGUAGCCAACCAAACCUUUACAUCACCAUAGAGGAGCUUGAACUGGAAAUGUCUAUCAAUCCUCUUGUUGCGCCGCUGAAAAGACGGAUUGACUUGACCAAUCGGGGGGAAAUAUGGAGAGUAACCGCUUACGCUCACUGUCCAGACUAUGUCUCUUCGAGGUUCAAGCAGCUUCUUGAAAACGAGAUGUGCGCCGCUUUCCACUGCCAGCGAGGGCCCCGUGAUACGGGUACCUCUAGUCAACAAGAGAACUCGGACCCGGAGAAGGCGGUUGAAGUGGACAGAAUCGACCCGCGACACUCCCUAGAGCCCACGGAGUCAUACAUUGGAUACGAGCUCACACGCGCAUUACCCAUCGAAAUCAUUCAUCAAACCGACACUCCCAAGGUGGGAGAUGUGAAUACUUUUGUAUCUGCAGACGAGCAGGCUGAUGAGUUUAUACUGAAUCUCAUUCGAGAUGGUCUGCGUGGACUGCGGGCCGAGCUGCUUCACGGCCAUGCUGUGGACAGCCAACAAACCUGGGGGUUCAUGUCGCUCUACCAGUUGAUGGCUCCCAGUUAUGUGGACUGGAACGACGGGAGCAGGAGAGUGACAGCCGAAGCGUUCAGGGAGGACUAUCCUGGUCUAGAUCGCAAGAAACAGGUCUUGUUCGGAAAGGCCUUGGAUUAG